AUGGGUGUCCAUGAUAGAGAAAGUCUCAGCAGCUUCCCGCUUGAGCUGUCCCGGGGCCCCGAGGGUGUGUCCAGAGGCAGCAGGCAGCUGUGGGGCCAGGUGCUGCUGGAGUCCGCGGCGCCUCUGAGGUUGUGGGCGCCCGAGGAGGCAGCACGCGGCGGGCGAUGGCACACUGGCUCUGGGGGCGUCAACACCAUGCCCAGCGACUACGCGGCCUCGAGAACAUACCUGCGGCGGCGGCAGCUGCUGCUUCCAGACACAGGAGAGACCACGACUCUACCUCCUGGGCACCAUGAGUUCCAGUUCAGCUUCCAGCUGCCACCGACCUUGGUGACAUCGUUUGAGGGCAGACAUGGCAGAAGCAUCAAGGCCACCUUACAUUGGCCCUGGGCACCGGCUCAUCGGGCGAAGAAAGUGUUCACCGUCAUUGAGCCCUUGGAUAUUAACACUCCGGCCUUGCUGGCACCCCAGGCAGGCCCUCGAGAAAAGAUGGUUUGGGCCUGGUACUGCAAUCGCGGCCUCGUCUCCCUCUCAGCUAAGAUCGACCAGAAAGGCUACACACCAGGCGAAGUAAUCCCCAUCUUCACCGAGAUCGACAAUGACCCAGUGCUGCCCCGGGCCGCUGUGUUCCAGACGCUGACUUUAAUGGUCCAAGGUGCCCACAAGCAGAUGGACCUAGUGGCCAGCAUGGAGGGCAAACCUGUGGGCCCCGGGCGAACGCUGUGACAGCGCCGGGCAGUGCAGAUCCCUCCCGUCUGUCCCUCCAUCCUGCACUGCCACGUCCUGCACGUAGACUACACCCUCAAGGUCUGCGUGGAUAUCACUGGCACUUCCAGGUUGCUUCUGGAGCUAUCACUGGUCAUCGGUACCAUAUGCCUGCACGCUUUCGGCAGCCUCUGGUCCAGCAUGGGUAGCCAUGAGCUGGACUUGGGGCUGGGCAUGCUGCCAGAACAACCUGAAGCUCUUCCUGAGUAUUCGGAGGUGGUAGUAGAGGAGGCGAGGGCCAACCUGGACCUGGACUUUGAGAGCCCCUUCUUCAGCUACAUCCAGGAGUUCCACUACCACUCACCUCCUCAGGAGGACCCUUACCCAGCCACAGAGGUAAUAAGGCACUUCUGCAUGACCUACUGA